CUUUACCUGAAAUUUUUUCCAAAGUGCAAAUGAUCAGUCUUUUUUUUUCUCAUUUUAGAUCAACAAUAAUGGGUUACGGCAGAAAGAAACGUGCAUAUCGUCAAAAGAAGACAACUGACGAAACAGCAGCCAGUGGUGAAGAUAAACCAAAGCAAAAGUACUAUGAUGAACGAAAGCCAUUUGCAAACAUUGAAAGAGACAAUGAAAAGUUUAAGAAUUAUUAUAAAGCUCAAAACAUUCUAUCUGAAGAGGAGUUUGACAGGUUUUAUGAAUUCAUCAAGACGAUCUUGCCUACAACAUUUAGGAUCACAGGCAGUCGAACAACUGCAAUGGAGAUCCUGACUGUUGUUGAAAAAACCUAUGUACCAAAGUUACAGGACGUUGUCAUUGAUGGUAUCAAGAUUGAACCGCCUAAACCAUUGCCUUUCUAUCCCGAUAGAUUUGCAUGGCAAGUCAACGUGCCUCGUCUUUUAAUCAGAAAAUCACCCGAGUUUGCAGAAUUCCACAAGUUUAUCGUUACUGAAACGGAAGCAGGUAACAUUAGUCGACAAGAAGCAGUCAGUAUGGUACCUCCCUUGUUGAUGGAUAUUAAGCCUCAUCAAUGGGUUUUGGAUAUGUGUGCAGCUCCAGGAUCAAAAACGGCUCAAAUCAUUGAAGCAGUUCAUUCAAAUGACAAAUUAAACGAGAUACCUCUUGGUCUUGUUGUAGCAAAUGAUGCUGAUUACAAGCGUAGUCAUAUGCUCAUCCAUCAGUCCAAACGAUUGCAAUCACCUUGCUUUAUGGCCACUAACCAUGACGGCGCACAAUUUCCUAAUGUCCGCUUACCAGGAACAAACACACCAUGGAAAUUUGACCGCGUGCUUUGUGAUGUGCCAUGUAGUGGCGACGGCACAAUUCGUAAGAAUGAAAAGAUUUGGGAUAACUGGACACCAGCAGCCGCUCUUCAACUUCACUCUACCCAAGUGCAAAUCUUUGCUAGAGGAUGUCAACUGUUGAAAAUUGGUGGUCGUAUCGUCUACUCCACAUGCUCAUUCAAUCCUAUUGAAAACGAAGCUGUUGUUGCUGAAGUCUUGCGUCAAACCAAGGGCGCUAUUCGACUCUUGGAUGUCUCUAAUGAACUUCCUGGAUUGAAGCGUAAGCCAGGCUUAAAAACUUGGAAGGUUACAGACAAAAUAGGCAACUUUGUGAAUAAUCUGGAAGAAGUUGAUCAAAAACUACGCAAACGAUUCCCACAGAGUGCUUUCCCUCCCACAGAAGCAGAAGCGGAAGAGAUGCAUUUGGAAAGAUGUAUUCGUAUCUAUCCUCACGAGCAGAAUACCGGUGGCUUCUUUGUUGCUGUCUUUGAAAAAGUAGGUGCUUUAUCAGCUGCUGAUCGUAUUGCAGCCAAGGAUGACAAGAAGGAGAUUGACGCUGACAUGGGUGAAGAGAAAGAGGAGAUUGUUCCUUCCAAGCGCUCUAGUCCCGAAAACGACAGCAAUGAUGAGAGUGAAGGUGCGGCAAAGAAAGCCAAGACAGAAGACGAAGCAGACGAAGAAGAGGAAGAGGUGAAGCCUUACGAGGGAAAACCCAAAAAGGACGUACCUGGUAUCAAGGAGGCACCCUUUGAGCUGGUUCCACCUGAUUCGGACGAUUUGAAAGACAUUACUGAAUUUUAUGGCCUCGAUUCAAGCUUCCCUCGUGAUCAAUUCUUGUUACGUUCUGAGAAUAAUGCAAAGGGACGCAGCUUAUAUUUUGUGUCUAAUGCUAUCAAGAAAGUACUCGAAUCUAAAGACUUUAGUCGUCUUCAAACCGUUAAUACCGGUGUUCGUCUCUUUGUUCGUCAAUCAUCACCCGUUGAUAGUGCAUCACCCUUCCGCUUAACCUCUGAAGGUCUACCGUUGCUGGAUAGCGUCUUGUCUGAUAAGCGUAGAUUUGAAAUUGGCUUGGAUGAAUUGCGUGUGCUACUUGUAGAAGCAUUCCCCACAUUAGAUCGUUUCCCCGAGGCAAAAAGAGAAAGAUUGGAAAAUAUAGCGCCUGGUUGCUGUAUUGUUCGUUUAGACGAAGAAGGUUGCAAGAAAGCAGAAUUUGUUGGCUCACUCAUUCUCCCGGUAUGGAAGGGCAAGCAUUCGCUUAACGUCUUGUUAAAUAAGAAAGACAAGAGAUCGUUAUGUGAGAGAUUAUUUAAUGCUAUACCCGAAGCAGCACCUGAACAUCUUGUAAAGAAAUCAACUGAAAAUCAAGCUGCUGCAGACGCUGCAAGAAGAACAAACGCACCUCAAGAAUAAGAAAAAAAAAAAAAGGCAACUAUUUAAUAGAUCAAUAACAAUUAACACUUUAGUUGAUUUUCUAUGUCUUCU